AUGAUGACAUCUGAAGGUGAAGUUUUUGAUGUAGCUAUUGUCGGAUGUGGUCCUGCUGGAAUAGCAGCAGCGAUAGAUUUUCAAACAAUUCCAACAUUAAAAUUUAUUGUACUCGAAGCUCGUGAUCGUGUUGGUGGUCGUGUUAUUACUGAUACAACUACAUUUGGUAUAAAUGCACCUGUUGAUUUAGGUGCUCAAUGGAUACAUCAUUAUCGACCUGAAAAUCCUCUAUAUAAACAUAAUCAAUUAUCAAAAGAUAGUCAUAUCAAUUAUCAAUUUAAUUUACGUUCAUCAGCAACACCAUUUUUUGAUAUUGAUGGUACAAGAAUAUCCUCAGAUAAAAUUGAUAAAGCAGAAGAAAUUGUUAAUCUAUUAUGUACUAAAAUUGAAGAAGCAUCACUCUCAAUAGAUAAAUCCAUGUUUGAUGUUAUUAAAACUGAAUAUGAGAAUUAUGAUAAUGAUAGUGAUCCGCAACUUAAACGAUUAAUUGAUUUAUUUUUUGGUGUUAUUGAACAAUAUGAAGCAUCAAAUCUUGAUCAACUAUCAGCUAAAUCUUAUGUAAAAUCUGACAGUGCUCUUGCUGAAACUAAUUUGGCUAUGCCAAAUGGUUUUGGUAAAUUUAUUCAAAACCUUGUUGAACAACAUAAACUGCCUGUUGAACUUAAUUGUGUUGUUGCUCGUAUAGAUACUUCAUUAUCAAAUUCGAUUGUUCAUAUAUAUACAAAAGAUGAACGAUUAUUUUUAUGCAAAUAUGUUCUUGUUACAAUUCCACUUGGAUGUUUAAAAGCUCAUUCAAUUCAAUUUAUACCAAAUUUACCUGAAUGGAAACAAAAUGCAAUAGAUGUUAUGGGUGUAGGCAUAUACGAUAAAAUCUUUCUUCAAUUUCCAUUUAUAUUUUGGGACCCAAAAUGGACUUCAAUAUUUUGUACAUCACCUCGAUUUCGUUUUAUUUUAUGUCGAUCUGAUGUUAGUAUGCUUUCAAUUAAGCUUGGUGGUCGAGUUGCAUUAGAAAUUGAACAAAAAAAUGAACAAGAAACAAUUAAUGAAGUUAUGAUUCUGUUAAGAACUAUUUUUUCAAAUAGAAAUGUACCUGAACCAACUCGAUAUCUUACUACUAAAUGGGCUCAAGAUCAAUUUGCAAAAGGUGCUUAUUCCAAUUUUGCUGUUGGUACAGAUAAUCAAACUUUAAUUGACCUUGGUCGAGAAUGUAAUGAUCGAAUACAUUGGGCAGGUGAACAUGCAAAUUAUGAUGGAACAAUUGGUUGUGUCGAUAGUGCUUUUGAAAGUGCACAGCGUGAAGCCAAAAAAAUAGUAUCAAAAUUACCACUAUAG